ACUUGCCUCUGUCCUGCAAAUUAAAUGAAAGAAAACCCUCGUCAAUGGGGCACUGAAGCAGGUCGUCAUACGUGGGACUUCUUCUUCUUCUUCCUCCUCCUCCUCCUCCAUGCACACUCCUCCCUCAGUCACCCACUACUGGUUUUUUUUUUUUUAUUUUUUACUUUAAAGAUAAAAGCUUUUGGGAUUUUCUUUUAACUUUCCAGGAAGACAAACACAACCUUCAAACUAGAUUUAAUAAUCCCUUUGACGUCCACAUUGUAAAAUGUCAGAUUCCUUGUCUUAUUUUGGCGGUAAUUUUCUAAUUAUCUGCAAAAAAAAACUUACAUUUCCCGCUAUCUUUUAUGUCAUUUCCUGACACUAAUCCUCCCUCAAAAGACUGAACCAAAAAAAAAAAGCAAUUUUUUAUUUUUUAUUUUGAUUACCCAAUGCAAACAAAUUGGGUUUUGUUUUGGGUGUCUCUCUCACAUGCUAUUCUAGAGAGAGAGAAAAGUAUAGAGACAAAGUCGCAAAAAGGCGCUUCCUUUGUGGGUUUCGUUGUCACUCUCAGUAAAGAGUGUUAGGGUUUUUGGUCCAUUUGAAUAGUUAAAUGGAUAGUUACUCGGGGUUUUCUUGUCCUAAAAAUUCCGGGUACCUUUUACUUUUUGAUAAUUAGCCAUUAAUACGAAUACCCAUUUCUCAUUCUUCAUGGAUUUUUCUAGCUCAGUGUACCACCGUAUAGUACUUGGGUCAUCCUCUCUACUUGCAGUUAGCCUAUUUGUUGCCCAGCUCUUUAAUGUCUAACCAACUCGUUUUGUUACCUUCGAGCUUGGUCUUUCUUAAGAGAGUUUUUACUGAGCCGGCAUUGUUCUUUCAAAGUGGGAACUUGGUAACAAGUGUUGUACUUUCUGUAUGUAGAUCUCUGAAUGGGACCUAUAACUCUUUCUAGUUCAUCUAUCCCAUUUAAUGCUUUGAGUUGUGUAGUUGGAGAUUUUUCCUACAAGCCCUGUCUUCACUGCUGAUUCUUUUUGGAAGCAGACUCAGUUCCUUGAAGAGCUGGUCUCUCAAGAUUUAGCUUCAGCAUAAGGUAAUGUGCCAAGUUGAUGUGCAAAUUUGAAGUUUUUGCAGUUGAAUUUGUGAAUCUUGGCCGAAAUAGUGGGUUUAGGAGCUUUAGAAGCACAUUUUUUCGGCGGUGUUGAGGGAAAAAUUGUUGCGUCUUUCUUGUUUUUACUGUCGUCUCUGUCGCAUUCAUCUGGGUCUGCUGCAAUAUCUGGUUUAUAGGGUGAAGAGGUUCUGUCUGUUCUGGAAAUUGUGCAUUCAUUAGUCGAGUUUUGGAGAAGUAAUAUGAAACUAUUUAAGCUUUUGGUGCUUUCCCUGUUUAUCAUCUCUGCCGUGGGACAACUUCCUUCUCAGGACAUUUUGGCAUUGCUUGAAUUCAAGAAGGGAAUCAAGCAUGACCCUACUGGCUUUGUCCUUGAUUCAUGGAAUGAUGAGUCCAUUGACUUUAAUGGAUGCCCUUCAUCUUGGAAUGGGAUUGUCUGUAAUGGUGCAAAUAUAGCAGGCGUUGUGCUGGAUAACUUGGAUCUUUCUGCAGAUGCAGACUUGAGUGUGUUUUCAAACCUCACUAUGCUUGUUAAGCUCUCAAUGGCUAACAACUCUAUAUCAGGCACAUUGCCUGAUAAUAUAGGUGACGUCAAGAACCUUGAGUUCCUAGACUUGUCUAACAAUCUCUUCUCCUCAUCGUUGCCACCGGGGAUUGGUAAACUAGACAGCUUGCGAAAUCUUUCAUUAGCUGGAAACAACUUCUCGGGUGAAAUUCCUGAUUCGAUUUCAGCGAUGACUUCCAUCCACUCUUUGGACAUGAGCAGGAACUCCUUGUCCGGUCCACUGCCAAUAUCGAUUACAAAGUUGUAUAAUCUUCUUUAUGUUAAUCUGUCUUCAAAUAGGUUUACUGGCAGAAUCCCGGAGGGGUUUGAGAGCAUUUCAGGUCUUCAGGUGCUUGACUUGCAUCUGAAUAUGUUUGAUGGUCAUCUAGAUGGGGAGUUUUUCCUUCUCUCAAAUGCCAGUUAUGUUGAUUUUAGUGGAAAUAUGCUAGUGAGCUCUGGUUCUGAGAAAUUAUUACCAGGUAUCUCCGAGAGUAUUAAGUACUUAAUUCUCAGCCAUAACCAGAUUAAUGGGUCAUUGGUAAGUGGGAGUGAACUGCUGUUUGAGAACUUGAAGGUGUUGGAUCUGAGCUACAAUCAACUGUACGGGGAAUUGCCUGGUUUUGACUUUGCUUAUGAUCUUCAAGUGCUCAAGCUAAGCAACAACAAAUUUUCAGGUUUUGUUCCUAACAACCUAUUGAAAGGGGAUUCUUCACUUCUAACUGAACUGGAUUUGAGUGGCAACAAUCUCUCAGGGCCAAUAAGUAUAAUUAUGUCAACAAAUUUGCGCAUCCUCAAUCUCUCCUCCAACAGGCUAACCGGUGAACUGCCUCAGUUGACUGGAAAUUGUGCAGUUCUUGAUCUAUCAAAUAACCAGUUUGAAGGAAAUCUGACCAGAAUGAUGAAAUGGGGAAACAUUGAGCAUCUUGACCUCAGCCAGAAUAGAUUAGCAGGGUCAUUCCCAGAAGUUACAGCUCAAUUUUUGCGUCUAAAUCAUCUGAAUCUCUCUCGCAAUGCCCUUAGUGGCAAUAUUCCAAAAGUUAUUGUACAGUUCCCAAAACUUAGAGUCCUUGAUAUGAGUUCCAACCAGUUAGAUGGUCCUAUUCUAAGUGGAUUACUCUCUAUGGCCACUUUGCAAGAACUCCAUCUUGAAAACAAUUUCCUGACAAGUGCUCUUGAGCUCCCACUUUCUUCUUCACCAAAAGCCAAUCUCCAGAUUCUUGAUCUUUCUCACAAUCGACUCAGUGGAUAUUUUCCUGAUCAAUUUGGAUCGUUGACUGGACUUCUGAUGCUCAAUCUUGCAGCAAACAAUUUCUCUGGUUCUCUGCCCACUUCAAUGGCUGACAUGGUCUCCUUAACUUCAUUAGAUAUAUCUGAAAAUCAUUUUACUGGUCCUCUACCCAACAACUUGUCCAGCAACAUUGAGAGCUUUAAUGUUUCACACAAUGAUCUUUCUGGGGUAGUUCCAAAAAAUUUGAGGAAGUUUCCUGCCUCUUCUUUCUACCCUGGAAAUACUAGGCUACAUUUACCAAGUGGUUCUCCCGGAUUGGAUAAUUCCACUACUGAAAGUUCCAAGAGGAAACCGAUAAACACUAUUGUUAAAGUGGUAAUAAUAGUUUCAUGUGUGGUCGCUGUUAUCAUUUUUAUCCUGCUUGCUAUUUUCAUACACUACAUCCGCAUAUCAAAAAGAAACCGAUCAGAACAUGUUACAGCAAAAGAUAUUCACAGGAAAACUCCAACACACUCUUCUGGAAUAAGUGGAACUGAUAGUAGAGGUGGUUUGAUUGUUUCAGCCGAGGAUCUUGUUGCUACCAGGAAGGGAUCCUCAUCUGAGAUUAUUAGUCCAGACGAGAAAUUGGCAGUAGCAACUGGCUACUCUCCAUCAAAGAAUAGCCGUUUGUCUUGGUCACCAGGCUCUGGGGAUUCAUUCACUGCUGAAUACUUAGCAAGACUGGAUGUCCGAUCACCAGAUCGAUUGGUUGGUGAACUAUAUUUUCUUGAUGAUACACUCACAUUGACACCUGAAGAGCUGUCAAGGGCACCUGCUGAAGUAUUGGGGAGAAGCAGUCAUGGAACUUCUUACAGGGCAACACUGGAUAAUGGGGUGUUCUUAACUGUAAAGUGGCUAAGGGAAGGAGUAGCAAAGCAAAGAAAAGAUUUUGCCAAGGAAGCAAAAAAAUUUGCAAACAUUAGGCACCCAAAUGUUGUGCCCUUGAGAGGAUACUACUGGGGACCCACCCAGCAUGAGAAGCUUAUUCUUUCAGAUUAUAUCUCACCUGGAAGUCUACCAAGCUUUCUUUAUGAUCGUCCUGGAAGGAAAGGUCCCCCAUUAAUCUGGGGCCAGAGGCUCAAAAUAGCAGUUGAUGUUGCACGGGGCCUGAACUAUCUCCAUUUUGACCGAGCUGUUCCACACGGUAACAUCAAAGCAACCAACAUCUUGUUAGAUGGACCUGACAUGAAUGCACGUGUUGCUGAUUACUGCCUCCAUCGACUCAUGACACAAGCUGGCACCCUUGAACAAAUUCUUGAUGCUGGGAUCCUGGGUUACCGUGCACCAGAGUUGGCUGCUUCUAAGAAACCGAUGCCUUCUUUUAAGUCGGAUGUUUAUGCCUUUGGGGUGAUACUUUUGGAACUUCUAACUGGAAGAUGUGCUGGAGAUGUGAUUUCUAGUGAACAGGAUGAGUAGACUUGACGGAUUGGGUGAGGUUGAGAGUGGCAGAAGGUCGUGGGGUGGAAUGCUUUGAUUCUGCUUUAAAUCCGGAAAUGGGUAAUCCGGCUUCCGAAAAGGGAAUGAAGGAGGUCCUCGGAAUAGCUCUGCGAUGUAUUCGAUCUGUUUCAGAGAGGCCAGGCAUCAAGACCAUAUAUGAAGAUCUGUCAUCCAUUUGAUAUUUUUAUGUGGAUUAAAAAUUUUCCGGGAAUUCAGAAUCUCACUGGUCUCCCUUGUCAAAUGUUUGAUGUAGGCAUUUCAGAGGUUUAGCUCAAUGUUAAUUAACCAUUUGUUGUAUAAAUGGAUCAUAGUUUGAAUCUAUGCAAAAUCUUCAAAUGUUCUUCAGUCUUCCAUGGCUUAAAAAAGGCUCUUAUCUCAUAUGGUAGUAUUUCAUGGAUUUGGAUGGAAGUUUACUUUGACAUGUGUAAAAAUAAUAAAGCAAAUUAGGUGAUACACAGAAUCUGGGUUCACCAUGUAAGUAUUGGAGAAGGUUGACA